UCGUCUCCCUCCAGCUCCCUUAAUGGUCCCCAUCUCAUCACCUUCCCAAUUUCACUGCCUCCUUGGUUGUUAUAACAACUGUUGCCCAUGAAUGUAGGUCUACCUAUUGGAGGGUUGGUACCCUACUAGCCAAGUCCCCAAAUGACAGUGUCGCAUCCUCCAUCAACAGUCACCAACAUCCAGAGGCUUCUAAAUUCACCAAUCCCUAUAAGUAGUGGACUGCCUGAGAAGCUGUUUUGUAGGCUUUACCAUACAGGUCUGUAAUUUGACACGGCAACAAGACUACAUGAUGUCAUUUACAAGGUUCAAGGUGGAGAACAGAGCAAUCAACUUUUCUCAAAGAGUCUCAGGUGUAGACACAAAGGAAGCAUGGAAAGAGAAGCCGAAGGGGCAUGGCAUGUUAAGUAGUUAGGCAAUCUCUUGAACUUUAAACUUCCACAUCACAGUAUGGAUUGGUUCGAAGAUAAGAAGCAGGAUAAAUUCUCUCUCGUGGAUGACAGGACCGAAUCUCUGCUUUCCCAGAGGCGCACACAGCUGAGGCCAUGGCAUUUGACGGCAGUUGGAAAGUAGACCGGAAUGAGAACUAUGAAACGUUCAUGGAGAAAAUGGGCAUAAAUGUGGUGAAACGGAAGCUUGCAUCGCACGACAACUUGAAACUGACCAUCCAACAAGAAGGAAACAAAUUCACAGUCAAUGAGUCCAGCACCUUCCGCACCAUCAACAUUGUGUUUGAACUUGGUGUCAACUUUUCUUAUACUCUAGCAGAUGGAACAGAACUCAAUGGGAUCUGGAGCCUUGAGGGAAAUAAUAGACUUAUUGGAAAAUUCACACGAGUAGACAAUGGAAAGGAGCUGGUUGUUGUCCGAGAAGUUUCUGGUAAUGAGCUAAUCCAGACCUACACAUAUGAAGGAGUCGAGGCCAAGCGGUUCUUUAAGAAGGAAUGAGCAAGCUUCUUGGAGCCCAGAGCAGCAAUGAAGAGCUAAACUGUGGUCAGACUUCUCUCUCCAUCGUGUUAAUGAGAGACAGAUCCAUCCUUCCCUGAACACCGGCAAAUUUCCAGUCCUGUCAAUGCCUAAAAUGUCACUGCGAGUUAGGACUUCGUUUGCUUUAUGUUCCUAAAGACAUAUAUGAAGUGGUAUUUAAAGGGGAAAUAAAUAUUGUUCUCACAACGCUUUGGAAGUAGUGUUUCCUUAAAUUAAAAAAGAAGUCACGUGGCAUAUGC